GGCCCGCUCCCAUGGCCGCCUCGGUGGACCUCGGCAUCAUCGACGUGGUCAUCGACGGUGCGACGGUCCAGGUCUCGUCGGCCAUCCUGGCCAUGGCCUCCCCGGUCUUCGCCAGGAUGCUGGGCAGCGGCAUGAAGGAGGGCGCCGACAGGAGGGUCGAGCUGCCCGGCAAGUCGAAGGCCGAGUUCGAGGAGUUCCUCAGGUUCCUGCACCCGGCCACGGCCCGGGCGGCGGAGGUCAACGAGAGCAACGUCGACUUCCUCGUGGAGUGGUUCAACGA